AUGUUUUUUCCGGUGAGACCAAACGCCGCCCAAAAGCCCAAAUCUACCAAGCACUGGAAGCAACGUCCCAAACGUUCCUCCCAGCUCUCUCAGGUACGGUCCACAUCAACCAAGGAACCCGAACCCGAGCCAGAAGAAACCACGGCUCGCUCCUCCACCUCCGCCUCGACUUCGCACAGUGAACCCCCACGUCGGUCCUCGAUGCCAGGCCUCGACGCUGCCAGCCGGUCGGGGACUGCCUCUUUCCUCGAAUCGAGGACAAGUCUACCGUAUCCGAAUUUCUCCAAGGCCCAUAGCAAAGAGGAUGUUCGCAAAAAUAAUAUCCCUACCCCGGACCCGACCGACCUAACAGAGCAAGCGGACGAUGGGAAGGAAAAUGGACCGACUCAGCACCAUGCUGAGAACCACCAUGCCCCGCCCAGUCCACCGUUGACCGGUCUUGACCAGCCUUCUUCUCGCAAGGGCACGCCAGUAGAGGAGCUGGAUGAAAAGGACAAAAACUUGGAGAAGCCAAAAACGAAGAAAACAAACAUCAAGAUUCGAACGGAAGUGAAUCGGUCAUCGUCCAGCCUUCGAUCUAGAAAGGAUGACAAGAAGGAUGACGGCAGCAGCCGACCCAGCAAAACAGUGCGGGCUGAAACCCCCAAGUCUAAGAGCUCUCGAACAGAAAAGACUGAAAAAACCGAGAAGGUCGAGAAGGAGUCAUCGCCCCGCACCAGCCAUAGGUCUUCGAAGCCCAAGACGUCCUCGGAGGAGAAAAGGCUGCCCAAGCGAUCGAGUCGAUCUACUAUGUCACCAUCGCGAUCUAACGUGACUGUUCAAAUCAUUGAUGAUGCCUCAUUGAAUGGAUCAGAUGCUACUUCCAUUGCCCCCAACCAGCAAUAUGUCCCGACUCGAAAGAGCUCCACCCCACCCGUCAAACCCCCAUCGCGCACUCAGAACCACUCACGCAUGUCCCAUCACCACAGCCCUAGUGAUGAAUCCAUUGAAUACGGCAAACAUGUUCCCUCCGGCGCAGCUUUCGGUGCUCCUCCGCCUCCUCCUCCCCCGCCGGUCGUCCCUGUCACGAUCCCACGAGUCGACUACUUGCUUCAACAUGGCGGUCUGGAGAAUAAAAUCGCACGCACACUUCUAGGUGGACCACAUCAAUCCGACCCUUUCGCUCAGUCGGCCACUCAGCCCCAGCAAAUCGCCGCCAGGUUAUUCAGUCCAUACAACAGCCUGCUCGAUGAUUACUCAAAGGUGAUGAGCAAGAGCGGAUCUCUUGCGGUGGCAACAGGAUAUCGCUCUGUUGCGCGCCGCCUUCUAGACCGUCUUGAGGCUGUCUUUGCGCGUGACAUUUCUUCGGAACCCUGCAAUUGUGUUAUCUGCGAACAAAACGGGCAAGAGGAACGUCCGUCUGGACUUCCUAUGUGGCCUCCAUUCGUGAUGGCGCCCACUACAGUUGACUCUGGUUUGGCGGCCGAGGAGCACAUUCCGAUGCAAAAGCUGGAUGUUGAUGUUCCAGAGGAAUACCGUGAACACUUCAUUCGUCAAUCUCGUAAAACUAAAGUUGCCGUCGACAAAUGGCUUUCGGAGCAGAAUGACCAGGCCAGCAGUGCCCCCGAGGAAGUGGAUGACGAGACCCUUACUUUCGCCAUGUUGACCCAUCUCGAGUCCUUCCAGCGCUCGGUAUUUUGCGCCCUACUCGGUCUGACCGCUUCAACUCCUGUUCCAAAAUCCGGUGACGAUAAUGAGCGACCCAAACCAUCCUCACUCGCCUCGUCAUCCUCGGCUAUUCAAAGACUGUACCGCCUUGCAUCGCUCCCCCGUGACCCUGAAACAGCCAUGUUCAUGCUCAACAACCCCGGACUGCACCAUGUCCUGGCAACCCUGUCCGCUAUCAGUGACGAUGAAUGGGAAAUUCUGAUAUCUGGCCGCUUUGAUGGCUUCCUUCGCAGCGGUGCUGAAGAUGCAACGCAUUCCACCAACCAACGCUACAGCGGCAGUCGUUCCAACACUCCCUUCAGUCCCCCAAGUCGCGGACCAACGCCAAGCUACAUGGAUGGCAGCUUCCGACCUAACGGCCAACCCAACGGAGGCCCUUCAUCACCCGCAUCUCAUGGUGGUCCCAUUGCUUUGGAUGAAGAAACCGAAAUCGCUGCCCUAGCCGAAAUCGAGCGAGAUAUUUUCCUUGGCAUGGAAGCACUUGAAGAUGCCUUCGAAGCCUUGCAUCUCAAAGCCGAGGUCGUCCGACGUGCCCUUCGUGAACGUGGUGCCGGUCUAUCAGUCGCCAGCCAAGGCCGACGUGGCUCCUUCGUGGAAGCACGCCUAGGCACGCCAUUCUCUGCCGUCGGCGGCUGGGACAGCGGCGAUGAUGAAUUCCUCGACGAUGACCGAGGCUCCCUCGCGCCAGACGACUCAGCUAGCAACAUCAGCUCCAACCGACGUCGUCGACCCAAGCGACGCACCGAGCGACGCACACCAGCACCUGUCGAGGAAGAAGAUGAAGAGGAUGACUCACCUGUUGGUCGUCGCGACCGCAACCCUCGGCGUCGCUGA